AUGGCCACGAACAGCAUCAAGUUGCUGACCGGCAACAGCUACCCCGAGCUUGCCCGCCUCGUGGCUGACCGACUUGGAAUAGAACUCACCAAGAUCCUCGUGCUGCAGUACUCGAACCAGGAGACUUCUGUGACGAUUGGCGAGUCUGUCAGAGACGAAGAUGUCUUCAUCCUACAAUCUACGCCGCCAGGCGAUAUCAACGAUGCCCUCAUGGAGCUGCUCAUCAUGAUCAAUGCCUGCAAGACAGCGUCUGCACGGCGGAUUACCGCUGUGAUUCCAAACUUUCCCUAUGCUCGCCAGGACAAGAAGGACAAGUCUCGCGCGCCCAUCACAGCAAAGCUCAUGGCCAACAUGCUCCAGACGGCUGGUUGCAAUCAUGUCAUUACCAUGGACCUCCACGCUAGCCAGAUCCAGGGCUUUUUCAACGUGCCUGUGGACAACCUGUACGCAGAACCCAGUACGCUGAGGUGGAUCCGUGAGAAUCUGGAUGUCAAAGACUGUGUAAUUGUCAGCCCAGAUGCAGGUGGUGCGAAGAGGGCGACAUCGAUAGCAGACGGCUUGAAUCUCGGGUUUGCUCUUAUCCACAAAGAGCGAACACGGCCCAAUGAGGUAUCGCGCAUGGUGCUAGUCGGAGACGUUCGGGGCAAGACGGCCAUUUUGGUCGACGACAUGGCUGACACGUGUGGCACACUGGUCAAGGCAGCUGAUGUCCUGAUCUCGGAGGGUGCAAAGGACGCGCUUGCCAUUGUCACUCACGGCAUUCUCAGUGGCAACGCCAUUGAAGCUCUCAAUGGCAGCAAGCUCAAGAAGAUUGUCGUGACCAACACUGUGCCUCAUGAAGACAAGAAGGAGCUUUGCGACCGCAUUGAGACGAUUGACAUCAGCCCAACGCUUGCCGAGGCUUGUAGGCGUACGCACAACGGCGAGAGUGUUAGUUUCCUCUUCAAGCACGCUCCCGUCGACUAA